CGUACAGACAGACAGUGCCUACUGCUUAGUCCAACUAGGGAACUGCCGGUCGGCAGACUCGGACGUUGAUUCAUUCCUCGUUGAGCGCGCGUUCGGUGCGGACCACAUUUUCUUUUUUCCUACGAUUACGGAGGGGGACACCUCCGGGGGUCAGAUAGUCAUAGUCGCCGCCGGCUUGGGGAAUCCGUUGGUGACGACACGCGAGUUUCAAGUGCUACGAGUCGUACGAUAUAGCGGAACUUGAAGAAGAAUCGCGUGAUUCGAGUGAAAAAGUGUAGCUGGAGGAAGGAAGAGUGCGUGUGCACAGGCGCGUCGCGUGGCCACUCGGAAAUCGAUAAAAUCAUCCCGGCAAAGAUGGGUUACGACGAAGUGUUGGAGCAUCUGGGUGGGUUUGGCCGGUACCAGAAGAAGAUCUACGUGCUGUUGUGUUUGCCGGCGAUUAGCUGUGCGUUCCACAAGUUGGCCGGCGUGUUUUUGCUGGCCACGCCGGACUACCGGUGCCGGUUGCCCUUUGAGAUUGGGAACAAUGUGACGUACGAGUUGCCGCCGGAUGUGCUGGCGAUGGCCUACCCGAUGGAUUCGUUGUCGAAGAAGUACUCGACCUGCAGCUAUCUAGACGCGAACUAUACCGAGACGUACUUCAACGGGGGGACGCCGGCCAAGGAGGUGGUCAAUUGUGAUCGGUGGAUUUACGACCGGUCCCGGUACGAGAGUAGCACCGUAACGGAUUGGGACAUGGUGUGCGACCGGAACUGGCUGCGAGCAUCGGCAGAUUCGCUGUUCAUGGUCGGAGUGAUGCUCGGGAGUAUCAUCUUUGGGUACCUCUCGGACAAGUACGGCCGCAAACCGAUCUUCUUCGCAUCGCUGGUCACGCAGGUCAUCUUUGGAGUGCUGGCCGGACUUGCGCCGGAGUUCUUCACGUACACGAUCGCUCGUAUUCUGGUUGGAGCCACCACUUCCGGGGUGUUUCUCGUGGCGUACGUCAUUGCGAUGGAAAUGGUCGGCCCGAAGGAUCGUCUGUACGCCGGAGUCGUGUGUAUGAUGUUCUUCUCGGUUGGAUACAUGCUGACGGCGGCGUUUGCGUACUUUAUCCACGACUGGCGCAGUCUUCAAAUCGCCCUAACUCUACCAGGAAUCCUGUUCCUCAGCUAUUGGUGGUUCAUCCCGGAAUCUUCCCGCUGGCUCAUCUCCAACAAUCGCCCAACGGAAGCCAUCACUCUGAUCCAAAAGGUCGCAAAAUCCAACCAAGUCACCGUUCCGUCCGACGUUCUGGACAAACUCGUCGAAGAGGACAAGGCCGCCCUCGAGUCGGACAAGAACGAACCCAAACCUUCCCUGCUGGAUGUCUUCAAGCACCCGAAUCUCCGCCGCAAAGCCCUGCUCAUCUUCUUCGACUGGUUCGUCAACAGCGGCACCUACUACGGCCUGUCCUGGAACACAAACAACCUGGGUGGAAACCCACUGCUCAACUUUGUCAUCAGCGGUGCCGUUGAAAUCCCGGCCUACUCGUUCCUCCUGCUGACCCUGAACCGGUGGGGUCGUCGAACCAUCCUGUGCGGCUGCAUGAUCUUCGCCGGAACUAUGCUCCUCUCCACGAUGUUCGUCCCCAGCGACAUGUCCUGGCUGAUCGUCGUCCUCGCCAUGCUCGGCAAGCUGGCCAUCACAUCCAGCUACGGCACCGUGUACGUCUUCUCCGCCGAGCAGUUCCCCACCGUCAUCCGGAACGUGGCCCUCGGCGCGGCGUCCACCUCGGCCCGAAUCGGCGGAAUCCUCGCCCCGUACUUCAACCUCCUCGGAGACUACUGGCAACCGCUCCCGCUGCUCAUCUUCGGCGCGAUGGCCUUCGCCGGAGGUCUGCUGUCCCUCCUACUUCCCGAAACGCACAACCAAAAGCUGCCCGAAACCAUCGCCGACGGGGAAAACUUUGGCAAGGUGAAAACACUUCCCGGGGAGGACGGCGCGGAACGGGCUCCGGAGGAGAUGCAGGUCCUGAACGCGACCGUCGAAGCCGUCAACGAGAAGCGACCCGCGGAGGAGACCGACGCCGAGGAUGGGAAGUUCUAAGGGGGUAGAGUUUAAGAUAACGUAAGAUGUUCCGCGGCAGGAGGUACUUAAGCUUAAGUCUACGAUUUCAAAGUCGUCAGCUCAUUUUGACGGUGAUGAUAACGACAAAACACAGACAAACAGACGAAACUUUUGAUUGAAAUCUAUCGUCACUGCGUGAAUUCCACGACACUAGCGCAAUCUGGUGAGCAAUCGUCCAAAACUGUGAAUAUCUGUUGGAUUUUUUUUUGAAACCUGACUUAAAUUCACCAAACUACAUUUGCCAAACUUUUUUUUGAGUAGUGUAAUACCUCCUUUAGAUUUGCAUCUUACUCGCACUUUUUUGUUUGCAGAAAAUUUAGCCUACAUACAUUUUGCCUUGUUUAAAAGUUUGGCAAACUGUCAAACACGUUUUUUUUUUAGUUUUAUUUAAUUUUUGACGAAAUCUCAGUCAUUUUCGAUAGAGUUUAAAAAAAAAUAAAAUGUGUUUUUUGUCAAAAAAAAAAGUCAAGAGCAUGGUUGAAAAUGUGACUUGUUGCAAAUGUCAAAUUUAGGUCAGUUACCGAAAUCUGUCCGAAUUGCACUAAAUUUUCUUCAAAUUCCGAAUGAAGUUAAUCCAUUUUUUUCAACAAAAUUCAUUCCUAACGUUGGUGAAAGUCACCUUAAGCAAAUAAACAACAACAUUUCCAACGCUGGUAUUUCCCUGCGAAAAAGCUUUGUUUACAAACUAGACAGCGCUCAACUGUCGGAACGUUUGACAGUUUGAAAAAAGUAUGCAGGCAAAAAAAGCAGACGAACUGUUUAAAACAAACAGGUGUGUGUCUUUUCUAGUUUGAAAGCAAAGUUUGACAUAAUGGAAUACCACAUUAAUGAAGUUUACACGCUCAUUUGAAAUAACUCAUUUUCGCUCAGAUUUCGUGAAAAUCAAUUUUUCUCAAGGAUGUAUUAGACUAUUACAAACAAACUCGCACUUAUUGACAGUUUGGUAGUUUGCCUGCUUUUUUUGCUUGUCUGUAUUUGUUUGUCAUAGUCUAAUGCCUGCUCCAGUACUGAUUUUUGGGGAGUUUUCUUACAUCUACGAUCGAUAGCAAUUCGAGUGUCUCGUCUGUUUGUCUGUGGCCACGAUUUCAAUCACCUUCUGUUCGUCUGUAUUAGCAACAACACUAGAUAGUAUUCAGCAGCACUCUCGAUAGGUAUUUGAUUUAGCAGUAUAGAUUAUAUUUACGUACAUCGCAUGAAUGACAUCGCCGUCGAAUUCGUAGUCGUCGCAGCGAUUUCAAGUUCACUUCAAAGAAAGACACAUAAAGAGGGGAGAAAGAGUUAAACUUUAGACUGGUAAGCGCGAUAAUUGCUCGUAAUGAAGUAGAAACACACCUCUUGCAGGUAUGUACGCUCGUGAGGGGAAAUCGAUUUCCCCUUAUUUUUCCAUGCCUGAGAAAUGUGAGACCAUCGUACGAUAUUUUUGUUCGCUCACACCAAUCAUCAUCGUACGAGAUCGGAUGUUACUGGACAAAAAAGAGCGUAGAAUAGUGUGCCGGCAGAAUCGCUCCAAAUAGCUCAAGGUGGAAAAGGAAAGAGGAGAUGGGUUAUUUACCUUCUUUGAACUCUUAUUUUUUUGCACAAUUUCGGCGUCACGUCUGGACCCGCAUAAUUAUGAUUCUUUGGGCACCUGGAGGGAGAGCUACCGGCUUUUAUUUCGAGUCUGUUGCACUCAAAUUUGAGAUGAUAAAAAAGAAACGUCAAAAAUUCCAAGCUGGAUUCGAACCCAGACCUUUUGCAUGACAGUCGGUGGCGAUACCUACACCUUUUAUAUUGAAAACUUUCAGAUGUUAUCGAAUAUCAAACCAAUUUCGAGUGUAGAUUGCAAAAUUACUGCAGUAAAGUGAACUCUGCGAUAAAUUUCAACCCAAAGAAAAAUCCUCGCGCCAUAACUCAUAAUUAGAUGGCAUUACCAUCGAGUUUCACGCCGAGAACACCUGCUGUUUCGAUAAAACUCCACUCAAGCGAAAAUUCCGAGCCAAUUCUCGGAACUAUCCUCGCACUUUAAUGCUUUUCCCUAAAUUUACGCGCAUGUCCGCAGCUUCCAACAAAGCAAAAAAAAAAAAAAAUGGGCGCGCUCAAACUCAAUUUUUAUCGUCCGAUGUCGUGCGAUGAACUUCAAGUAAGUGCUUCUCGGAAAUCCUGUGCCUGCUUUGAUGGUCGGACACGUGGAUGCGUCACUUUUUUUUUUACGAGCGUUGCCUUGUUGAUGACGUGCAAACCGCGGUCGCGCGCGAAAAGUAGGCUAGGAAGUGCCUCGCCGACUGUCAGUCGGCAUGCUAUUUUUGGAGGUUAGAAACACCUUUUUGGCACACACUCUGCGCUGCACGCAUACUAAAAUUUAGUAUUUUGGGCCGGGGCUUGGAAAAUGCCGGUUCAAAAGAAAACCCACAACUGAGAACCGUUAAUAGGAUUCGGAGUUUUUGCUUGCUUUGGCUUCUGUGAGGUUAUGAAAAUGGAUUAGCGAAAACGCAAAAACAAAAAAAACUGGCAACCCUAGCUGAAAAAGUUUGAUCGUCUCACAUGACGCCUGUUGCGCGCGGUCACUAAAAAGAACCCAUACAUUCCAAUUAGUCGGUAGCAGCGUGUAGUACUUAAAUGAAUUGUUUUUAUUUGCUUAACGAUCGCGCGACACGUUGUGGAGAAAUCAAAGUAGGUCUUGGGACUUCAAACAGCAGAAACAGUUUUGGUUGGUUACCCGCAGUUUUCUGCGUCGCGGUCAACGCACUCUUGGAUCGAGCAUAUCUAUCAGCUGUUCGAGUUGAUUGAUUCCCGUUCUUAUCGAGUUACUCAAAUAGCGCAGCGUCAUGGCUGUCUAAGAUUCCAGUCUGGCAACACUGUUCGGCUUUCUUUCGAUUUCAAACAGAACUAUCAAUUUUGAUUAACAAUUGUCACGCAGAUAGUUUUACUCUUUCUUCUCUCUCUUUCUCUCUCCAUGGUCGGUGGGAUCUCAAAACUCAAGACAAUUGAUUUCGAUGGUUUGUUGUCAACACACGCCAUGAAUAAGCACUAAAUCAAUUUGAAUUCACUGCACUGAUAAAAA